GCCGUGGCGCUGUUCGCCAUGGUUUGCGUGAUCGGUGCCUCCACGGCCAGCGCCAUGAGCCAUGGCGCCGGCCCCAGAGUCUACUGGACGGCCAGCGGCCUGUUCGGCCCCUUCAACAUCCAGGGUCUUAUCCCCACCUACCCCGACGCCCGUGACAUCCUGAUCCCCAUCAACAUGUGGAUCAUCGACCACCCGAAAGGCUUGGUCGUCUAUGACACCGGCAACAACGUGGCCAUUUCCGACGGCGCCUGCACGAGCCACUGGAUUGCGGGCCUCUGCGAUUUCCUGCAGCCCUCCCAGGCGCGCGGCGACGUCAUCGACAAGCAACUCGAAAAGGUCGGCUUCACGGUCGACGACGUCAAGAUCGUCAUCACCUCGCACUCCCACCUGGACCACAUCGGCAACAUCGAGAUGUUCCCGGAUGCCAUCCACGUGAUCCAGAAGAAAGAGUUGUACCAGGCCUGGUGGCCGGAGAAGUUCCAGCGCGGUGGAGCGCACGUCGUCGCCGACUAUGACGACGCGCGCGAUUUCACCUACUUUGAGCUCAAUGGCGACUAUGACCUGUUCGGCGACGGCAGCGUGGUGGUCAUCAGCACUCCGGGCCACACCCUCGGGCACCAGUCGGUCAAGGUGCGGAUGGCUGAGACCGGCACGGUCAUACUGGCGCAGGACGCCGUGUGGGUGAAGGAGAACCUGGAAGGUCACCCCGCCGGGCUCAAUUACAGCAUCCUCGACUACACGAAUUCGGUGAACCGCAUCAAGAUGAUUCGUGACAUCGAGAACGCUCAGGUCUGGAUGGGCCACAGCAUGGAACAGUACGAGGUGAUGGGCGAGAAGUGGUACCAGUAGUCCGCGCCACGUGAACCCCUCUUGCUGUCGGGCAGGUUUAGCUUGAAAGGGGCGGGGCCGCUGUUGGUUCCCGCCCCUGGUUGAUUGACAAGCAGUAAUCGAUAAGGGAAGA